AUGGUAGAAGGAAAUUAUUCCGCAGUGACUGAGUUUAUCCUCGCUGGGCUAACAGACAAACCAGAGCUUCAGCUGCCUCUUUUCCUCCUCUUCCUGGGAAUCUAUGUGGUCACAGUGGUGGGCAACCUGGGAAUGAUAACACUGAUUGGGCUCAGUUCUCACCUGCACACUCCCAUGUACUAUUUUCUCAGCAGUCUGUCUUUCAUUGAUCUCUGCCAUUCCUCUGUCAUUACCCCAAAAAUGCUGAUGAAUUUUGUGUCAGAAAGGAAUGUUAUCUCCUACACAGCAUGCAUGACUCAGCUCUACUUCUUCCUUGUUCUUGUGAUAUCAGAAUGUCACAUGUUGGCUGCAAUGGCUUAUGAUCGCUACGUUGCCAUAUGUAACCCACUGCUUUACAAUGCUGCAAUGUCUUAUCAGGUCUGCUCCUGGAUGGUGGUUGGGGUGUAUUUCAUGGGUUUGAUUGGCGCCACAGCUCACACAGUCUGCAUGCGAAGAGUGCUUUUCUGUAAGGCUGAUGUAAUCAACCAUUACUUCUGUGAUCUUUUCCCACUGCUGGGGCUCUCCUGCUCCAGUACUUCUAUCAAUGAAAUAGUAGUUUUGUGCUUCAGUGCAUUUAAUAUCCUCUUCCCCAGCCUCACCAUCCUUAGCUCUUAUAUCUUCAUCAUUGCCAGCAUCCUCCGUAUUCACUCCACUGAGGGCAGGUCUAAGGCCUUCAGCACUUGCAGCUCCCACAUCUCAGCUGUUGCUGUUUUCUUUGGGUCUGCAGCAUUCAUGUACCUGCAGCCAUCAUCUGUCAGCUCAAUGGACCAGGGGAAAGUGUCAUCUGUGUUUUAUACUACUGUUGUGCCCAUGCUGAACCCCCUUAUCCACAGCCUGAGGAAUAAGGAUGUCAAAGUUGCCUUAAAUAAGUUCCUUGAAAAAAGAUGUUUCUUGUAA